AUGGUAGGUAAUGAUAAUGAUAAUGGUGACGGUAGUUGUAAUGGUAAUGAUUGGUAUUGGUAUGAGUAUCAGUAUUUGUAUCGGUAUCUAUAUCAAUAUUGGUAUCGUAAUGAUAAUAGCAAUGAUAAUGGGAAUGGUAAUGGUAACGGUGUUGGUAUUAGUAUUGAUAUUGGUAAUGGUAAUAGUAAUGGUAACGUAAUAAUGGGUGCAAGUACCAGCAGUUCUGUAAAGGAGGAACCAACGACUAGGGUUCUUUCGAUUGAUGGCGGUGGAGUUAGAGCCUUAAUCCCACUCGUUAUUCUUGCCAAACUCGAAUCUCAGCUUCAGAAAAUAGACGGUAAAGAUGCGAGGAUUGCAGAUUAUUUCGACGUAAUUGCGGGUACAAACACAGGAGCACUAACUGCUGCAAUGCUUACUACACCCAACGAAAAUAAUCGUCCGAUGUUUACUGUGCAAGAAAUCCAAGAAUUCUACCUUGACAACUUCCCUAAAAUAUUCCCACAGGGAAAUAAUAUAUUCAGCCGUGCUACAAAGAAAUUUAAAUGGUGGUUCGGCCGGGAAAUAAAAUAUAAUGGCAAAUAUGUAAAUUCAGUAAUAAAAGAGAAACUUGGUGAUACAAAACUGAAUCAAACUCUCACAGAUAUUGUCAUCACCACAGACCCCAUCACAUUCUCAACCAAUCAGGUGGAAAAUAAGAAUGUUUCACUCUCAGACAUCUGCAUAGGAAGCUUAGCUUUUCCGACUUAUUUGCCUCCGCAUUCCUUCGUAACUAAAGAUUCCGACGGUAAUUCCAAACAAUUCGAUCUCAUUGGCAGUGCAGUCGACAAUCCGGUAAAUAUAUAUCUCUAUCUUACACUUUUUGGUCAAAAAUAA